AUGCCGGUCUCCGGGAUGCCGGCCUCGGCCCGCCAGCUGACCUCCUUCCACAUCGACUCCAUCCUGGCCCGGCCCGGGCCCCGCCGGGCGUCCGAGCCCCCCGGUCCCCCCCCGGGCCCGGGCCCUUGGCUCCCUCCCCUGGUGGCCUCGUUGCCCCUCUGCUACACGCUGGGGCUCCUGCCGGGCCCCCCUCCUCCUCUUCCUCCUCCUCCUGCCGGCCCCCCGGCCUUCUUCCUCAGCCAGGCCUGCUCCCACCCCAGCUGCCCCUCCGGAGGACCGGAACCGGCCGGGUUCGCGGGCUCGCCGCCGUGGCAGACGAAGGCCCCGGAGAAAGCCAAGCGGGUCCGGACGGUGUUCAGCUCCAAGCAGCUGGAGAGGCUGGAGAAGGAGUUUCUGAAGCAGCAGUACCUGGUGGGGGCCGAGCGGGUGCAGCUGGCCACCAGCCUCAAGCUCUCCGAGGUGCAGGUGAAAGUCUGGUUCCAGAAUCGAAGGAUCAAGUGGCGGAAGCAGAGCCAGGAGCAGAAGGCGGCCAAGCUGGCCCUGCUGGUCCCGCGGCCCCGGGCCCCGCCGUCGUCCGACGAGGGCGACCCCAGCGACGGGGACGACGCGCUGGACGUCGACAACUGAGCGGGGCCGGCCGCGGCCUCCCCGCCUCCUCCUCCUCCGGCCGGCCCCCCGGGCCCGCCUCCCGAGCCCCCUCUCCGGCUCCCGACCCCAGAUGACCGGCACGCUGACCGCGGCGUCCCUGUCUGGGGGCCCGGCCGCUGUGCUGAGCGCCGGGGUGGGCCCAGGGAAACGAGGCCGUCCCCCCGUGCGGGCUCCCGGUCUCCAUCCCCAUUCAUUCAAUAGUACCGAUCGAGC